UGGGUCGCCGGCCGGCCGCCCGCGUGCUGGCUCGGCUGGGGCCCGCAGCCAUGGAGGACUUCAUCGUGAUCUCGGACGACAGCGGCUCCGAGAGCUACGGGGGAGCCACUUCGGGCCGGACGCGGAGGCUCCGCCGGGCCCUGUCCCGGACCCCCGGCGCGCUGCCGCGCCGGACUGUGGACUUCAUUGACUUAACCAGAGAGAGCAGACCAAGGGCAAAGGAUCGCAAUGGGCUCUGUGUGAUCGACCUAACAAGAAGUGAGGAAGAGAAUAGACCUAUUGCUACUUUUGACUUGACUUUAGAACCUGUUGCUCCUUCCCAGAAGGAACCAGCAAGUCUUCAGACAUGUCCCAGCCUCUCCAGCAAAGAGGUGACAGGAGGACCUGUGGACAGAAGUUCUCAGCCUGCAGCCCAGAGAAUUAUUAACAGUGAUCCUGUGGAUUUGGAGCUGUUGGAAGAAACCACAUUUGAAAGUCCUCUUCCCCUACUACCAUCCAUCAGUCAGGACCCUGUUUAUCCAGCAGAGCCAAACUGUAGCUCAUCCACACUCAAAGGGGACCUCAGUUUGAUGGGAAACCUACAGCUGUCUUCAGAUGGGAGUUCCCUCUCCCCAAGAAGCAAUAAUGGUAAUAGUUGCAGCAACAACCAAAGGGCACCCUUGCCAUGCCCACAGCAAGAUGUGCCUUGCCCACCACAAGCCUUGCCUUGCCCGCUGAGAGCCUUGCCCUGCCCACUGAGGGCUUCACCAUGUCCACCAAGAGCCGCCUCAUGCCCACCACGAGCCUUGUCAUGCCCAUCACAGACUGUGGAGCGCCAACACCAAGCUUUGCCUCACCCUCCUCAAGAAAUGCCAUGCCCUCCUCAUGAUGUGCCAUGCCCACAGCAGACUAUGCCAGACCCACCUCAAGACAUACUGUGGCAUCCUCAGCACUCAGUGAGCCAACCUCAAGAUUCGGUGGGCCUACCUCAAGAUAUCCCGGCCCCACCCCAAAACAUAAUAUAUCCACAAGAUGUAGCACGCCUUCAAGACAUGCCGCAGUCACCAAGAGAGGUACCACAGUCGCCAGGAGAUGUGCUGUCGUCACUGAGAGACCUUCCAGCAUCACCAGGAGCUGUGCCAGCAUCAGCAGGAGAUGCACUGGAGUCACUAACAGACAUGCCACCAUCCCCGGGAGGCAUGCCGCCAUCACCGAGAGAAGCGUCACCGUCACCAGGAGGCAUGCCUCUAGCAGAUGUGCUGCCUUCCCCUGGAAACAUGAUGUACACAUCAGGAGACCUCCCACACCUACCGGGAGACUUGCAUCGCUUCCCACCUGCCAGGCCUGACUCUCCCCAGAAUGACGUCCAGAACCAGGACACUCCUAUGGAUAUCUCAACUCCAUCCUCUUUGAGCUGCUCUUCCAGCCCACCAUCUCCACAGUCGGAAAUUCCCUUAGAGAAAGUUCCUUGGCUCUCAGUCCCAGAAACCCCAGCCAGAAAAGAGAUAGCACAGUCAGAGCCUGCCAACCCCAGGACUGCCCAGGUAUAUGCACGGACACCACAAGGUGGGUUGUUCAACAAACCAUGCCUGCACAGACUGAAGUACUUCUUACGACCUCCAGUACAUCACCUCUUCUUCCAGACACUGAUACCGGACAAAGACACAAGAGAGAACAAGGGUCAAAAAUUAGAACCCAUCCCUCAUCGAAGACUAAGAAUGGUGACAAACACCAUUGAAGAAAAUUUUCCCCUGGGGACUGUGCAAUUUUUGAUGGACUUUGUGUCACCCCAGCAUUAUCCACCCAGAGAAAUUGUGGCUCACAUCAUCCAGAAAAUCCUGCUCAGUGGCUCUGAGACUGGCGAUGUCCUGAAGGAGGCCUACAUGCUCCUCAUGAAGAUUCAACAGCUACACCCAGCCAAUGCCAAGACAGUGGAGUGGGACUGGAAACUGCUCACCUAUGUCAUGGAGGAAGAGGGACAGACUCUGCCUGGGCGAGUCCUUUUUCUGCGUUACGUAGUACAGACCCUGGAAGAUGACUUCCAGCAGAUCCUGAGGAGGCAGCGACAGCACCUGCAGCAAUCCAUUGCAAACACAGUGCUGUCCUGUGACAAGCAGCCCCACAAUGUCAGGGAUGUUAUCAAGUGGCUGGUCAAAGCAGUAACUGAAGAUGGAUUAACUCAGCCCCCAAAUGGGAAUCCAACCUCUUCACGAACAGGAAUUCUCAAGGCCGGCAAUAGCCCUGCUUCUCCCCAGCCUAGCCUGGCAAAGAGCACCAACCAGCUGGUUGUGUGCCAGCUUCAGAGAAUGUUGUCCAUCGCCGUAGAGGUGGACAGGACCCCCACCUGCAGCUCCAACAAAAUUGCAGAGAUGAUGUUUGGGUUUGUGCUGGACAUUCCUGAGAGGAGUCAGAGGGAGAUGUUCUUUACCACCAUGGAGAGCCACCUGCUGCGCUGCAAAGUGUUAGAAAUCAUUUUCCUCCACAGCUGCGAGACGCCCACCCGCCUGCCUUUGUCUCUGGCCCAGGCGCUCUAUUUUCUCAACAACUCCACAUCGCUGCUCAAGUGCCAGUCUGAUAAAACCCAGUGGCAGACUUGGGAUGAGCUGGUGGAGCACCUGCAGUUCCUGUUGUCCAGUUACCAGCAUGUUUUAAGAGAGCACCUGCGGAGUUCAGUGAUCGACCGGAAGGACUUGAUCAUCAAGAGGAUUAAGCCGAAGCCCCAGCAAGGUGACGACAUCACGGUGGUGGACGUGGAGAAGCAGAUCGAGGCCUUCCGCAGCCGCCUGGUCCAGAUGCUGGGGGAGCCUCUGGUCCCCCAGCUCCAGGACAAAGUUCACCUGCUGAAGCUCCUGCUCUUCUACGCUGCGGACCUGAACCCCGACGCGGAGCCCCCUCACAAGAACCGGGGCAACCCCAUAGGGCCUGCCAAGCACUGACCGCCAAGUGCCUCCUGGACUCCAGCCAGCUCCUUAGAAGCUCCAGCGGUACGGAAAGCAGUCAGAAAUCUUACCAGACCAAACGUAGUUCACUUAUCUGUAGGUUGUAAGAACUUUCUACUCUUUGGUAUAGCUCUCUUUUUUAUAUAUAAUCCUGUCCUAGCCGAUUCUCAAAUAUGGCUUCAAUAUACAAGGUGUAUAUAUUUUUAAUAAAUUAUUUAUCUAUACUUUUUUUGGAAACAGGUAAUAGUAUAUGCACUGUCUGUUUAACAUUUCCACUCAAGAUGUGAGAAAAGAGCCCUUUUGCCGAACAAACUUGAUACACCAAUGUUGUGUCAUUCAAGGUCCUGCCACCUGUUUCUGGAACAAAAGCUGUUGUUUCUCCCCAGUGGAAUGGACACUGUGUUAGACCUGUUGAACUGUGGCCAGUCUGUUAAGAUCUAAUGUAAUGAAAGGGGUGGGGGG